CUGUGUUUUAACCUCAACCUUUAAAACUUUUGAACAAUGUCAAUAUUUCAGCAAAUUUCAUCGAAAAAUUUUCAAUUAGGAUAUAAAAAUACCAAAUUCAAAGAAAAAAUUUUUCGUUUUUCACGGUACUUUUCAUCGAAAAAAUCCCCAAAGGAGGAAAUUAUUAAUGGCACCCAAACAAAUAGAAGAUACAUACCAUUUCAAGAAAAAAUUAAUAAAAGAAAAUCAGAAGCUAAAAAAAGUUUGAUUGUACAAGUAGAAUCAGCCCAAUCUUUUAAAGAACUUUACUCCUAUUGUAGUUCCUUUGGUUCAAUUAAACAAAUGUUUCAUUAUUCUACAGGAAUCGAACCAAUGCAUUUCAUUUUAGUGGAAUUUCAACAAAUAGAUGGUGUUCAAGCUGCGUUAUCAUCUGGUACUUUUGUUCAGAAUUAUUCUAUUACUCCUACCCAAUCACAAUUUUUGUGGUUCAGAGCAGGUUCCAAAAAAUUUUCAGAGAAAAAACAAAAAAAUAUAGAUUUGGAAGUAACAGAUGGGAUAAAGAAAAUUUCAGAUGAUGUUAUUAAAGAAGAACUGCUGAAUUGUGAAAGUCUUAGUGAUCAAAUUAAAACACUUUAUGAUAUGUCAAGACUUACAGAUUUAGAGUCUCGUUUACGUUUUCUCACAGCCAGACAGAUAGAGAUGUCAUUGUCUGGAAUGUUUCCUAAUGCUCAAGUUCUCCCAUUUGGUUCUUCAGUAAAUGGCUUUGGUAAAAUGGGGUGUGACCUUGAUCUUGUGCUAACAUUAAGUGACAGAAAGGAAAAUCCUGAUAGCAGAUUAAUAUUUCAUUGUAAGGAAUUAUCAGGAGAUAGAACCAGAAAUUUGGAGGCAAUUUCCGAUAUUUUAGAUCUGUUUCAACCCGGUUGUACAAGAUUGAGAAAAAUUUUACGAGCAAGAGUUCCGAUAAUAAAAUAUUAUCACAAAUUCACUGAUGUGGAAUGUGAUGUGUCCAUGUCCAAUGUUUCAGGAGUACAUAUGUCUGACUUUUUAUAUAUGAUGGGUUCCCUGGAUCCCAGAGUAAGACCAUUAGUAUUUGCAAUUAGAAGGUGGGCCAAAGAUGUAGGAUUAACAAAUAGUAGUCCAGGUCGCUGGAUAACAAAUUUUUCACUGACAUUGCUUGUUUUAUUCUUUUUGCAAAGACCUUUGCAUUCAAGCCCUAUACUGCCUUCAUUAAACACUUUGGUAAAAUCUGCAGGUUCAAAGGACUCCUUUAUCACAGAAGAGGGGGUUAACUGCACAUUCCUUAGGAAUAUAGACAAAUUGCAUCAUACUAUUAUAAAUACUGAAACUUUGGAAAAUUUGUUGUGUGAAUUCUUUGAAUAUUACUCCCAAUUUGAUUUUAAAACAAAAUCAAUAUGUUUGAAUGAAGCAGUAGUCUUAUCCAAACCAGACAGCAGUCCUUUAUAUAUUGUAAAUCCCUUAGAAAGAGGACUGAAUGUGAGUAAAAACGUGAGUUUGGAAGAAUUGGACAGGUUCAGAGAGGAAGUGAGGAGUGCUGUGUGGAUGAUUCAAUCAAGAGAAAAUACAGUAUCUGCAAAGUGGGGUUUACUUUCAAUACUGAAAACUACUAAACAUAAUAAGCAUAAGCUGACUUUUAAUAGGACAAAAAAUAAUAGAUUAAUGCAUGUAAAGGAAUUAUUCAUUGAGGGCGAAAAUGUUGAUGAAUUCAAAGAAAUUGAAUUUAAAAAUAGUACUGUUAAGAAGCAAGUAGAGAAUAUCAAGAGAGAAAACCAUGAGUUACACAAAACAUUAAAAAAUUUGAAAGAACCUAAUAGGUAAUAAUUGCUGGUACUUUAUGGACUUUUAUGUAUAUAUUAAAUAAAUAUAUAGCAUAAUGA